AUGGCAUCUUCCACGCCCAUCCCAUUCUCCGAGCCCGCCUGGCUGGCCGGCCUGCCCUCACCAUACUACAAGGAAACGCACAAGAAAUGGCAGAAAAAAUGCCGCGCCUUUGUCGAAGAACACCUUCUCCCACACGCUAUGGACUGGGAGCGAGAGGAAACAGUGCCGGACCAUGUGUUCCUAACGUUCGCCAAACAUAACAUGCUGAUCCCGAAUCUGCCUGCACCACUUCCGGUCGAGUGGUUGAAGAAACUGGGCAUCGAUGACAUCUUGGGAACACCCGUUGAAGAGUGGGAUUAUCUCCACACCGGCAUAUAUCUGGAUGAGAUGGCCAGAUCGGGACUUGCUGGACCCGGAGGGUCGAUGACAGCGGGUCACUCUUUCGGGAUUCCGCCAAUCAUCAAGUUUGGCAGCAGGGCGCUCCACGAAAAGUUCCUCCCGGAUCUGCUACCGGGCAAGAAACGAUGCUGCAUUGCCAUCACGGAGCCCGGCGCGGGUAGCGACGUGGCCAACAUCGCCACCACCGCGGUCAAGACGGCCGACGGCACGCACUAUAUCAUCAACGGGGAGAAGAAAUGGAUCACGAACGGGUACUGGUCCGAAUAUGGCGCGAUGGCAGUGCGGACCGGGGGACUGGGGGCCGCAGGUUUGAGCAUGAUCGUCUGCCCACUCAAGGGACAUCCCGGGGUGAAAAUGCGACGACUUAAAGUGGCCGGGCAGAUCAGUGCGGGAACGACCUACAUCGAGCUCGACGAGGUCAAGGUACCGGUGGAGAACCUCAUCGGCGAGGAGGGCAUGGGCAUGCGCUACAUCAUGACCAACUUCAACCAUGAGAGGCUGGUGAUCGCGGUGCAGGUGGCGCGGCAGGCGCGCGUCGGCCUGGCCGCCGCCUUCGAGUACGUGCUGAAGCGCGAGGCCUUUGGCAAGACCCUCGUCGAGCAGCCUGUCGUGCGGCACCGGCUGGCCAAGGCCGGCGCCGAGCUCGAGUCGCUGCAGGCCUGGGUCGAGCAGUUUCUGUAUCAGAUGACCCAGCUGUCCAAGACCGAGGCCGACCUGAAACUCGGCGGCCUCACCGCCCUAGCCAAGGCAAGGGCAGGCAUCGUCUUCAACGAGUGCGCCCAGACUGCCGUGCUUCUGUUCGGCGGCAACGGCUACACCCGCACCGGCCAGGGCGAGAUUGCAGAGAGGAUCUACAGAGAAGUGCCUGGUGCCCGGAUCCCCGGCGGCAGCGAGGAUGUCAUGCUCGACUUGGCUAUCAGGCAGCUCGUCAAGAACUAUCGCAAUGCCACAAAGGCCCUGGAGAAGCCAAGUGGGAGCAGUAAGUUGUAG